CGCUUACUACUUACCUCUGUCUUCAAGUGAGAGUUUAUCGAGGCGAGACUAACUGCUGUUAUCGAAGACAUUAUCUCAGGUUGCAAAACGAUCGUCCGGUAUGAGGAGGAGAUCAGCCACCACCGCAGACUGCUGGAUAUCAGCCGGAAACCCGAGAUAAAGUUACACAUAAAUUGUGUCCCUUUUAUUAAGACCUCCCACAGCAACAUGAAGUGUGAGGAAGAGGAGGGUCUGGAUGACCAGCAGGUGUGUAACCAGGAGAGUACCUCCAGUAUGGACCAGGAGGACUCAGAGCCUCCACAGAUUAAAGAGGAACAGGAUGAACUCUGGAUCAGUCAGGAGGAAGAGCAGCUUGUAGUGAAGCAGGAGACUGAAGGCAUCAUCAUCUGGACUGGGGAAGAGCUAGAUAUUAUGUGGAAGCCUGAAAUAAAAUUACACAGAAUAGAUCUCCCGCAACAAUAUAUGUGUAUGGAGGAGGAGGAGGCUAUGAAUAACCAGCAGGUUGAUAACCAAGAUAGAAACUCCAGUCUGAGCCAGGUCGACCCAGAUCCUCCACAAAUUAAAGAGGAACCGGAGGAACUCUGCACCAGUCAGGAGGGAGAGCAGCUUGUUCUGAAGCAGGAGGCUGAUAUCUUUAUAGUGACUCCUAUUUAUAAGGAAAGUGACCACAGUGAAUCAGAACCAAACUGUGACCAUCUCCUUUCUUACAACUUUCCUGAACCAGAGAGCCAAGAUCAGAAAGAAAGUGAGCAUGUGGAGACAGGAUCAACUAGAUAUGCAGAGCCGAAGAAGAGAAGAGGUCACAGUAACAAAACCAAUAACUGUCCAGUGACGGAGAGUCAGUGCAAAACUGACACAAGUGAAAAGUCAUUAAAAUGUGACACCUGUGGAAAAACUUUUCAGUAUAAAUACAGGCUGACUAAGCAUCUAAGAGUUCACACAGGUGAGAAACCUUACUCUUGCAGCACUUGUGGGAAAAGAUUCAGUCAGCUCAUACAUGUGAAAAGCCAUAUGGCAAUUCACACAGGUGAAAAGCCAUAUUCUUGCAGCUCUUGUGGGAGAAGAUUCAGAAAGAAAUCAACUUUAGAUCUUCAUGAAAGGAUUCACACAGGUGAGAAACCUUAUUCUUGUAGCACCUGUGGGAAAGGUUUCAGUCAGAUGAUACACUUGAAAACUCACAUGAGAAUCCACACAGGUGAGAAGCCCUAUUCUUGUAAAACCUGUGGGAAAAGUUUCAGUGACUCAUCAGCAUUCAGAGUUCAUGUUAGAAUUCACACUGGUGAGAAACCUUAUUCUUGCAUCGCUUGUGGGAAAAGUUUCAGUCACAUGAUAAACUUGAAAACUCACAUGAGAAUUCACACAGGCGAGAAGCCCUAUUUUUGUGGGACCUGUGGGAAAGGAUUUACUCAGAGAAAACACUUGAAAACUCACAUGAGAAUCCACACAGGUGAAAAGCCAUAUUCAUGUAGCACCUGUGGAAAAGAAUUUAGAGAUCAGUCAACAUUAAGAAAACAUAUCAAAACCCACACAGGGGACAAGCCACGUUCUUUUGACACCUGUGAGAAAAGAUGCAGUCAGACAAACAUAAAAAUUCACACAGCUUAAAAGUUUCAUCCUUAGAGUCUAUCAGAGCCGUCAGACAUAGCAGUGUGUUAAUGGUAAAACUCACACUAGUGAGAAACCAAAUAACUCCAAAACCAGAAGGAAGAGAUGAACUCACAUUCAGGUAAAUGGGCUACAUUUUAUCUCCUGGACAGUAAAAACACUUUUUGUAUGGUUUGUUUGCCUUAUUCUUAUGAUGUAGGGGAAACCCUGAUUUUUACAUUUGUCUGAGCAGAUAUAUAUGUACACCUAUCAGGCAUAGUAUUAUGACCAGUGAACAACAUUAUCUCUACAUCAUGGCUCUUGUUAGGGGGUAGGAUAUAUUAGGAAGCAAGUAAACAUUCUUCCCUUAGAGUUGAUGAGUUAAACAGGAAAAAUGGUUGAGUGAGUGAGUUUGACUUUGGGUCAGACAACUGGGUCAGAGCAUCUUCAAAAAUGCAGCUCUUAUGGGAUGUUCCCGGUCUGCAGUGGUCAGCAUGUAUCCAACAUGGGCCAAAGAAUGAAAAGUGGUGAACCAGUGAUGGUCUCAUAGACAGCCAAGGCUCACUGAUCCAAGUGGGAUCAAAGGCUGGCCCAUGUGGUCCGGUCCAACAAACAGCCCCCAAAACAGAGUUAAUGCUGGUUCUAAUAGAAAGGUGUUAGAAUAUACAGUGCAUUGCAGUUUGGGCGCUGCAUAGUUGUCUUACCCUCACCCCCAACUGGUCGUAGUAAAUUGUUGCUCCUCCCUGAACCUGGUUCUGCAUCAGAUUUCUUCCUGUUAAAAGGGAGUUUUUUUCUUCCCACUGUCACCGAGUACUUACUUAUAGGGAGUUGACUGAUUGUUGGGGUUUUUGUGUAAUACAAAUAACAUUGAAUUACUGCAUACCAGUCGGGGUGUCCAUGCUGAUCCCUGGCCACGUGGACAAUGGGUAUGUGAACAUCGUAUCAACUACCUAAGUAUUAUUGUAGACAAUGAACACCCAUUCAUAUAAAUGGUAUUUUCUGAUGUGUGUAGUUUCUCAAUCAUCCAGGCAUGUUAGUUUAAGGAGUUUGGAAAGAAAGUAACUGGACCUCUUUACCUUUUGUGAAGAAACCUUAAGAAGCCUGUGGCCUCUCUAUGUGGGGUAAUGUGCCCCGCCAAAAGCAAAAAUGCUUGCAGGGAGCACAACAAGAAUUUUGAGGUGUUGACUUGCACUCCGAAUUCCCCAGAUAUAAGUCCAGUCGAGCAUCUGUGGGAUGUGUCGGACAAACAAGUCCAUACCACAGUACACCUUCAGGGGUAUGGAGUCCAUCCCUCGAACAGUCAGGGCUGUUUUGGCAGCAAAAGGGUGGCCAACACAAUAUUAGGCAGAUGGUCAUAGUUUUAUGCUUGGUCAGUUUGUGUACAUAUGUAUAUUAUAAAUUUAUAUAUUGUAUUAGUGCUGGUGAGGUGAUAAAUAUUAAUUGUAGGUUCUCCAGUCUUUUCACUUGACAGCGUUGUUACAGAAAAAAUAUUUUUUUGUGGGUACUUUGCUUUUUAUAGCCAAGAUUUUGUUAUUUUAUUGUCCAAUAAAGAGUCUUUAAUCUCUUUAAAGAAAAUUAAAAGCUUGACAGUGACACGCAUAAGACCAAAAACAAUGUGCCUUUAUGGAUUUGAGGUCACCUUAUGUUUUAAUACUUUUCAUAAAAGAUAAGCUUCCAUAUGGACCUCUUCUGUUGAUUUAUUUAUCCUGAUUUAUUUAGUUCUGUUCCUUAUUGUU